AUGAGUAGACAAAUCACCACGCCGGUUAAGUUCCGCCCUCUACAGAACACAAGCGGCGACGAAGCUACCGCGGCCGCCGUAGUAGAAGAGCACCCGCUCCACAUUCUAUGGCGCCACCAGAUUCUGGACCCGGACUCCAACAUUGUAUCCGUCUGGCACCACAUCUUCCUCGUAGUCUGCAUUGUCGCGCUCUUCAUCGACCCUCUCUACUUCUACCUCCCCUUCGUCGAAGGCGACGCCUGCCUCUCUACCGACAACCGCCUCUCCGUCGUCGUCACCUUCAUCCGCUCCUUCACCGACCUCUUCUACCUCUUCCACAUGCUCAUCAAGUUCCGCACCGCCUUCAUCGCCCCCAGCUCUAGGGUUUUCGGCCGCGGCGAUCUUGUCAUGGACCCCAGACAGAUCGCCGUCAGGUAUCUCAAGUCCGACUUCAUCGUUGAUCUCGCUGCCACUCUUCCUAUUCCGCAGAUUAUCAUCUGGCUGGUGAUCCCCGCAACCAAAAAUUCCAGCGCAGAUCAUGCCAACAGCACUCUGGCCCUUUUCGUGCUUAUCCAAUAUAUUCCUAGACUGUUUCUCAUCUUUCCUUUGAAUCAGAAAAUUGUGAAGACUACUGGUGUUGUGGCCAAGACUGCCUGGGCGGGAGCCGCAUACAAUUUGCUUCUUUUUUAUCUAGCCAGUCAUAUAGUUGGAGCUGUGUUUUAUAUUUCUGCCAUAGGGCGGCAAUUCCAGUGUUGGAAAACCGAGUGUAUAGCAGAGAACGAAGAGAAUGGUGUGCUUUGCCUCAACAGAUUCCUGGAUUGCAAGAGCUUGGAGCUACCAGAACGGGAAUAUUGGGCCAACGUUACCAAAGUAAUUAAAAACUGUAAUUGGGAUGACGAAGAGAUCGAUUUUAAGAUUGGAAUCUUUGGGGACGCUUUCAAGAGUAAAGCCGCAAUGUCAGGCUUUGUUAGGAAGUACUUGUAUUGUUUCUGGUGGGGUUUAAACAAACUAUGCUCAUACGGACAGACUUUGAAGACGAGCACAUAUCUCGGCGAGACAAUGUUUUCCAUUAUCUUGUGCCUUUCUGGUUUGAUUUUGUUCUCCCUGUUGAUUGGCAACAUGCAGACUUAUCUGCAAUCAAUGUCAAAAAAGGUUGAAGAAUCGAGGAUUAAGCAAAGAGAUACGGAUGAGUGGAUGAGGCAUCGCCAGUUACCUGAACCCUUGCAAGAACGUGUUCGUCGAUUUAUGCAAUACCAAUGGUUUGCCACACGAGGAGUUGAUGAAGAAUCCAUAUUGCACUCGUUACCUGUUGACCUCUGCCAUGAAAUCCAGCGGCAUCUAUGUCUUUCCCUUGUUCGCCGUGUCCCUUUUUUCUCACAAAUGGAUGACCAACUUCUUGAUGCCAUAUGUGAGCGUCUCGUCUCAUCCUUGACUAUUAAAGGCACAUACAUUGUUCAAGAAGGUGACCCAGUAAAUGAGAUGCUGUUUAUUAUUAGAGGGAAACUUGAGAGCUCCACAACCAAUGGAGGGAGGACUGGCUUCUUCAACUCCAUCACCCUAGGACCAGGUGACUUCUGCGGUGAGGAACUACUGACAUGGGCAUUGAUGCCAAGCUCUAGCCUUAACAUGCCUUCUUCGACUCGUACUGUGAGAGCCCUCACUGAAGUUGAAGCUUUUGCGCUUCGAGCUGAGGACCUUAAGUUUGUAGCAAGUCAGUUCAAACGUCUUCACAGCAAGAAACUACAGCAUGCCUUUAGGUACUAUUCUCACCAAUGGAGGACAUGGGGUGCUUGCUUCAUACAGGCUGCUUGGAGAAGGUUUAUAAAGAGGAAGAUGGCAAAGGACUUGGCUAUGCAGGAGAGCUUAUACUAUAUGCAUGCACCUGGCCAAGAGGAAGAGGGUUACUACUACGACGAAGAACAAGCAAAUCUUUUAAACCAGGAGGAUGGUGAGAGUUCAUCGACAGGGGAGAAGUUAACCAUCUUCCAGCAUCUUGGGGCCACAUUUCUGGCUUCCAAAUUUGCUGCAAAUACAAGAAGAGGGAUCAUGCAGAAAGCUCAGCUGGUUGAUCCUGAUUCAACUAGUUUGCAGAUGCCUCGGUUGUUUAAGCCAGAUGAGCCUGAUUUUUCUGUAGAUUGA